CUGAUCUGGUUCAGAGGCUGUCAGAGACCAGCUCAGGACUCAAAGAGAAACAUCAGUCUCAACCACCCCGGAAAGAAGUAACCAUGACAUCACUUUUUGAGAAGCUUUUGGGAACACUGGAAGAUUUAAGUUCUGGGGAUCUCGAGCAAUUCAAGCAUGUCGCGCAAUACAUGAAAAUGAAGGAAGUUCUCCCAAGAAUCCCAAGACACCAAAUGGAGAUGGCCGAUGGCAGAGAUGAAAUAGUGGAGCUGAUGGUGAAGAUCUACGGCCAGCAGUGUGUGGAGGUGACCAGGGAGGUUUUAAAGAAGCUGAACAGAACUGAUCUGGUGGAGAGGUUGUCAGACAUCAGCUCAGGAUCAAAAGAAGGGCCUUCAAGAAGCUUGGAGCUUAAGGGUUGUGGCAGCAGUACGCAGGACUCCAGUGACUGGACUAAACUUGAACCUGAAGUGAACAGUACGGAUGCUGAUGAGGUUUCAUCUUACAGCCUACAGACUGAAGCAGGAAAGUUUGAAUGCAGUGUCUCUGGGUUGCGCUGGUUCUGUAAAGAAAAUGUCAGUUUUAAGUACCAGUUUUGUUCCUGGGGGGAACCUAUGGAGAGGAUGGAAAGCAUCCAAUACAUGCCUGCAGGUCCCCUAAUUGACAUCACAGUCAUUGCUGGAAGGUUGGAUGAAAUGCACCUGCCACACUGGAUCUGCAUUGAUGACCCUGCAGUAUUAGACAAGUUUGCAGUCUUACACAUCAAUGACAGUGGCGAUGUUGUGGAAAAAGUGUCUGAGGUCACACAAUCUCAUGUCAAGUUAUCUGAACCCAUUUUUUCUCCACGAGCAGUCCUGAUGAAAAUUGGCUUUCCUUUGAAAAUAAGCUGUAAUGUGUUAAUAUACUACAAACCCAACACACCCUUCCUCAAACUCCAUGUUUACCUGAUCCCACAUGAUCUCGCUCUAAAAACGAGAGUAGACGAGAAGGAAUCCUCCAAAGGAUAUCAACUAAUCGAAAAGCCGCGCCCAGACAAGUACCUGAAAAUGAAGCAGGGUUUCAAGCUCGCAGCAGACAUAGACACAGCAAGGAUUUAUCCUAAGGAAAUAACCCUCAGAUAUGAUAGCCAAGAGCCAAAUUUCUAUGAAGUGGUCAGUGAGAAUCCAGACAGAGACUUCCACCUCAUACUCUCACACACAAAUGAAAGUGAUCCAGUAUGGACCUGUGAAAUUCAAAAAGAUGAUGAUCUAAGAUAUCAAAACUCUGCUCAUUUACAAGUCCAAGAGACAGGUGGACAAUCCUCCCUACUUGGUUUAAGUGACAAGAAGCACACUGUGAAUGAACAUCUGUCUGCACUGAUGCAGAAU